AUGCAGACAAACGACGACAUCACAAGACAACAGGCCAAGGAAACGGUACAGGAAUUUCUCAACCACAUGGCAAAUAAAGAUGAGCUACCGAAUGUUUCCGAGAAAACACUCGCGCAGAUGCGACGGCUAAGCGCGAAGCAACGACAACUCCUGAAGACGUCGUUUGCCGAUCUGGAGGGUGAUAGCGUCAAAUAUGCCUUGAGAAUCUUUGUUUUGCUGUUCUCUGAACACCCAAGCUACAAGAGAAUCUGGCCCCAGUUCCGGCAGAUUCCCGAUUCGUCGUUGAUGAACGCCAUCGAGUUGCGGAGGCAUGCAUCGGUGUACAUCAACGGUCUGAAGGAGAUCAUCCACGCGAUGGACGAUGAGGAUGAGCUGAGUUUGCAUCUAAACCGCAUCGCUCGUGCUCAUAUCAAGUGGAGCGUUCAACGAUAUCACGUCGCGGACAUGAUCGAUCCACUCCUGGACACGAUUCGAUAUUGCACCGGCAAAUUAGACCGGGAGACUGCGGAGGCUUGGACGACACUCUAUGACCACAUUUCCGUGUGCCUCGACGGCUAUUGCUACUGCUUCUGCGAGCCGGGCUCGCUGCGUCGAUUUGCGAACCCGGACUUCACCUAUUGUUGCUGCCUGCACAAAUGGUCGUUCCGGCGCUUCGUGUGCCCUUCGGAAGACUUUGUAUAUGCGGCGACGAGGGCCAUAUCGAAGAUUUUGCGCUCAAAAUACUUCCGCGUCGAUGUUGUACAUUUUCUCGAGCAUCCGUGGUACAUGUCGAUGGAGCUGGAUGACAGCCUUUUCUACCAGGAAACACCGGUAACCUCCGUGCAAAAAGCGCUACAAGAACUCGGCCAAAAUCUGGAGUAUCCUGCUCGGGUCGUGCUGCCCUACGGCUACCGCGAGCACAUCGGCCACUGCGGCGGCAAUUUCAACUCCCGCUUCCGCAUCUUCCACCGUCGGCUUUUGGAGGGCUUCGACUUUGACGACGCCGGCAAGCUGAUCAACCAGCUGCUCGACAAAGGGCACGAAUCGGAUGCGAUGGCCGCCGAGGUGCUCGACCAGCUUGAGCCGUGGCAAGUCGAGCGGUACAGGGAGCUCGAGGCGAGGUUGAGCCUGCCAGAGGGCCUCUUCGCCGCGAUCACCCCCUCCGAAGCGCACAACACGGUCCAGGAUUUCUCGCGUGACCUCGCUCAACGCGCUUCCGCUUCUCGCCACGAUAUCGGAGAGCGGCUGUUUCCGUGCUUUGCCCUCGACUACCAUCAGCGAAAUUCUGAAGCGUCAUCGUCGUCUCAAGAA